AUGCAAUGUCUAUAGGUAAAUCGUAAUCAUAUAGCGAAGUAAAUUUAUAUUGCCAGAAUGGAUAAUCUUUUAUUCAACAAUGAGAUAUAUUUCGUUAUUAUAUAUUGUUUUGAAAUGAAGAAAAGGAUAAAUUUAACUGCAUUCAAGUGUCUUCAAAAUUUAAAAUUCCAGGCUACGCUUUUCAAUAGAUGGGAGAACAAAACAUUUAAUAUUAAAAAAAAAUUUCAGUACACCGAUAAAAGAGAAUCAAACAUACAGUUUAGUUGGAAAUUUUAGAACCAUAGUAAAUUUGAGCAUUUUUCAAAUAGAUAUUAUCUGUUACAUGUAAUGGUUUGGAUCCUAUACUGAUUGUGAAAUGCACAAUAAUAAUGAACUAUUUAAAUUUAGAAGAGGAAAAUUUGUGCUUUAAAGAAAUGCUAUUUAUAGUUAAUAGAUUGAACAACAUUUUAGUAAAGAGUUUGAACUGAUUAAGAAAACGAAUUAAGUGCUGUAAAAAAAAUUUGAAAUGAAAACUUUAGUACAAUACUUUUAGAAGGUUGAAAUUUAAAUUCUUAAUAGAAGUCAUUUAUUUUUUCUUCAAGAAAACCCUCUCGCUUCCAAAAGGAAUAUGUCAACCUAAAAAUUGCUUAUUAAGUCUUCAUUUUGA